AUGUUUCUUUUUAUUCCGGAGGCUGAAUAUGUGGUAUCAACGCUCACCUUCCAAGAAUCAUCGCACAAACCUGUUAUUAAAAGACCACAUUUGGUCGACAACAUCACUGCAAACACUCCGGUUCCAGAUACCGUUUGUCCCUCCGUCUGGUCCAUUUCUGUCAACAACAAGCGUACAAAUGCCGGCCAACCAUGUCCACAAUUUGAGGCCUAUACAACUUUAGCAUCGUCUUCUGGACCCGUUUAG